AAAACUUGUGCAGGCUUUUGGUUGCGCAAGCGCACGAAUCACGGAUAGAUUUUUUUCAGAUUCAAGCAGUUUUAAUUGUUUUUCGAGCAAUUGCAGACAUUUUUCAAAAACAUCUGGCAUCUCUGAAUGUUGGUAAACGAUAAAAUAAACUGUCAGUGAAAAAAUAUAGUUGCGUGUUUUUUUAAGUAUUGCUAACGGUUUUCCGAUAUUUUGCUAAAUUUUACUCAUAAAGUUAAGAUAUAUCGUAAAUUAGUGAGCGCAUCCGAAAAUGCCCCGUAGAUUGCGAGACAAUCCGAAGCGAAUUGCUGGUGGUCUAGGUGACACCGCGUCCACAUCAAAUGUACGGCUUAUGCCACCUCCUGCUUCGAAGCAAGCUGCUACACAGCCAAAACCAUCUACAAGCCGCUCACAAUCUAGUGCAAGAAAUUUGAGAAGCUCAUCGGAAAACGACGACGGAGACCAGCGUCGUCCCAGAUCAGAACAACGUUCGCAGGCAAGUCCCUACAGAAGUGAAGCACCAUUUACAGUGCGUUCAUCAAUUUCAUCAAUCGAAAGUGAUGGAACACCACCACGGCGCUCGCGAUCAGAGACACGGGCAACAACCCGACCGGCAAAUCGUGGCCAACAGCAACGCCGUUCUCAAUCUGAGCGGCGUAACGCAACCAGGCACCUGCAGGAAAUACGUGCACUGCAACAAACGACAACCUUACUAAUUCCCAGACUGCCAUUUGCUCGCGUUAUUCGUGAGGUGCUACUGGAGUACAGAUAUAACGAUUUACGCAUCACUGCCGACGCACUUUCGGCGUUACAGGAAUCUGCAGAAGCUUACGCCGUACAACUGUUCGAGGAUUCAUAUCGUUGCACGUUACACCGUGAACGGGUCACACUCAUGCCGAAGGAUAUGCAUUUGGCAUUAUAUAUGCGUCAUGGACGGUAAUAAACACACUUACCUCCAAAUAGUCGGGUUCGUACAUGCUGCCUCCAUUACUAAACAAGCGAGUGCCCCUAGCGGUAGCCAAACGACGACACACCUAUUUUAAUUGCAAUUGAUACAAAAUAUUAGAGUGGAUAGAUUUAAAUAGAUUUUUUUUUUCAUUUACUUGAAAUAACAUUCUUCACCUUGCGAUUGAUGUUUUGCUUAUUUGUUUGUGCACGCGUUAAAUGAAAACUUUGACAGGAGCUGCUGCGUUAGGUUAUGUAACAAGCAAACUGUGGGAGAAAGUGUGCGGAAAAUGGCAAAACUUUUUUUUCGUGUAUAACUAGAGGUUCAUCAAUUGGUCAUGAAUCACAUAGGUUAAGUGGUCAAAGAACUGAUGCUAAUAAAUAAUGAAACAAAAAAAAA